AUGAGCCAGUUGCGAAGUGUGACCAACGAAGCACAGAAAAUACAUUACGGUAUGGGGAGGAAUAGUCUUUCAGAAGAUUUCGAGACACCUGCAGAAAAGAAUUGCGAAAUCUGUCCGGAGUCGUCAAACCCUAUUAUUUUUGCACGAACCGAAACUACACACAUUCCAAAGCAUCUUCUCGAGGUUUCUCAGUACCAUAAACUACAAGAUGCUAUUUACUCAGCACAGGAAGAUGGUUCUUUAAAACCAACUCCUCUUGACUCGAUUAAGGAGACAGACUCGGAUGAGGAGAGUCAAGAGCUUACGAAACCGAAAAAGAUGGGCUUUUUCAAACGUCUUUUGUACUAUAUCUGCUGUUUAUGUGACAGCAUGGACCAGGAAAUCCAGUUCUUUGGAGGUGAUGCUUGUGAUCCGGUCCUAAGUGUGACAUCCCCCCCAGGCGGAGAGGUCCAGGGCCAGUUAAUCGAAACCCCAACGGGUCCUUUUUUGGGUGAGCAGUCCAGCGCGAACCAGGGUCGGAAAACGCUCGUUCUGGAUCUGGACGAAACUUUAGUUCACUCGACCUUCCAACCGACCGACGACUGCAGCUACGUGAUUCCCGUCGAAAUCGAGGGUGACCUCUACAACGUUUACGUGUAUCUGCGUCCCGGAACCACCGAAUUCCUUCGUCGAAUGAGCGAAAUCUACGAGGUCGUCGUGUACACCGCCAGUCUCCCUGUGUACGCCGAUCCCUUGCUGGACAAGAUCGAUCCGAACAAUCUCAUCUCGGCUCGGCUCUUUCGGGACCACUGCGUGCAAUCAGGAGGCAUUCUAGUGAAAGAUUUGGGGCUGCUGGGACGCAGCUUGGACUCGGUGGUGAUGAUCGACAACUCCGCGGUGAGUUUCCAGUUCCAGCCCAAUAACGGGAUCGAGUGCGUGCCGUUUAUCGAUGACAUGCAAGACAGAGAGCUGAUCGAGAUGAUCCCGUUUUUGGAGUAUCUGUCGAAGAAGCGUAGGAUGUGCGGCAGUAUGUUACCAUGUGGAGUGCGGCGAGGGAAGCGAAGUUGAAUAACGUUUUAUUGAAUUUGCCUUGAGAAGGUCUUUUUUCUUUUGUAGUUUUUUCUUUCUUGUUUGUUGGAAACGAAAUGGGAUACUUCGUUGAAUGGGAUAUAGAGGAGAGGCAGGGAAGCCAUUCAAAAUCUUAUAUACAAUGGUUUUGUUGAGGUCGUUCUGUGAUGUCUAGUCGGGAAUAACUUGCACAGAUGAAUGUACUCAGCAGUACGACCAGCUUCGCCUUCGAAAGCACUGCAGAUACAUUGUGUUCAAGAUAGAAAAAGUGGAAGGCAUGGAACAAAUCGUGAUCCAGCGAUAUGUAAACGAAUGACAGUGCAUUUAAUCUAGGGGAGUCGGGACGUGACCUGGGACGAGAUGGUCCAAUCGCUCCCUCCGGAGGAACCUUGCUUCGUGGUAUUUGACUAUGAAUUCACCGAUGAGGAGCGACGAAAGCAUGCGGAAUUGCUGCUUAUCACAUGGUAAGUCUACAACGAUAGAGUAAUGGGCAGGACACCGGAUCAUUGCUCCAUAAAGGAAAAAGUGAUGUAUUCUUCCAGCAAAAAGGCGUUCCAGUCCAAGCUCGAAGGAUCCAAACUUAUUGACGCCUUUGAUUUAGGUGAUCUGGAGGAAAAAGUGAUUCGAGAGCAUUUAUAAGGUUAUCCUUUCUUAUCAAAAAAAAAAUAA